AUGGACGAGCACCCUGGAGCCGGAGGAGGCGGUGGGAUGGCGGCCGCCCCGAGACCGCAGCAGCCGCCACUGCAGGCGGGUGGGAACAUGAACCUGCAGUCGGGUGGGGGCUGCGUGGGGGCCGGAGCCGGCGGCGGCGGAGGAGGAGGGCAACAGCCGCAGCCCCAGGGCCCCGCGGCCCCGGCCGGGCAGGAGGCGGCGGGCCCCGCCGAGCUGUCCCGGCCCCAGCACUACACUAUCCCGGGGAUCCUGCACUACAUCCAGCACGAGUGGGCUCGCUUCGAGAUGGAGAGGGCGCACUGGGAGGUGGAGCGGGCCGAGCUCCAGGCUCGGAUAGCGUUUCUACAAGGGGAAAGAAAGGGUCAAGAAAAUUUGAAGAAAGACUUAGUGAGAAGAAUAAAAAUGUUAGAAUAUGCAUUAAAACAAGAAAGGGCAAAAUAUCAUAAAUUAAAAUAUGGCACAGAAUUGAACCAAGGUGACUUGAAAAUGCCAACUUUUGAAUCAGAAGAUACCAAAGAUACAGAGGUUCCUGCAGUACCUCAGAAUAGCCAACUGACCUGGAAGCAAGGCAGACAGUUACUGCGACAGUAUCUUCAGGAAGUAGGAUAUACAGAUACAAUAUUGGAUGUACGCUCCCAGAGGGUAAGGUCUUUGCUUGGGCUCUCCAAUUCAGAACCAAAUGGUUCAGUAGAGACGAAGAACUUAGAACAGAUCCUGAACGGUGGUGAAUCUCCUUCAUCAAAACAAAAGGGACAGGAAAUCAAAAGGAAUUCUGGUGAUGUUCUUGAAACAUUUAACUUCUUAGAAAAUGCAGAUGACAGCGAUGAAGAAGAGGAGAAUGACAUGAUAGAAGAUAUUGCAGAAGGAAAAGAAAAGCAUCGGAUAAAUAAGAAACACAAAAUUGGUAAUGAAGGUUUAGCUGCUGACCUUACAGAUGACCCUGAUACUGAAGAAGCUUUGAAAGAAUUUGACUUUUUAGUGACAGCUGAAGAUGGUGAGGGAGCUGGAGAAGCUCGAAGUUCAGGAGAUGGAACAGAGUGGGACAAAGAUGACCUGUCCCCAACUGCUGAGGUUUGGGAUGUAGACCAGGGACUAAUAAGUAAACUGAAGGAACAGUACAAGAAGGAACGAAAGGGGAAGAAAGGGGUAAAGAGAGUCAACAGGACAAAACUUCACGACAUGAUAGCUGAUCUGGGCGAUGAUGAGAUACCCCACAUCCCUUCAGGAAUCAUUAAUCAAUCUAGGUCACCCUCUUCUAGAAUGCCUGAUCAUGAAGGUGCAAGAGCAGAGGAAGCUGAACCAAUAACGUUUCCACCUGGAGGAGGCAAGUCAUUUAUUAUGGGUUCUGAUGAUGUGUUGUUAAGUGUACUGGGCCUUGGAGACCUUGCAGACUUGACAGUAACAAAUGAUGCAGACUAUAGUUAUGAUUUGCCAGCUAAUAAAGAUGCCUUCCGAAAGACAUGGAACCCUAAGUAUACGCUACGCAGUCAUUUUGAUGGAGUGCGAGCAUUAGCUUUUCAUCCUGUAGAGCCUGUGCUGGUUACAGCCUCUGAGGACCAUACUCUAAAACUUUGGAAUUUGCAGAAAACAGUUCCUGCCAAAAAGAGUGCCUCUUUAGAUGUAGAACCCAUCUACACGUUUAGGGCCCACAUUGGACCUGUAUUGUCAUUGGCAAUUAGUUCCAAUGGAGAACAGUGUUUCAGUGGUGGUGUUGAUGCAACCAUCCAGUGGUGGAACAUGCCUAGCCCUAAUGUGGAUCCAUAUGAUACCUAUGAGCCAAACGUUCUAGCUGGCACAUUAAUUGCUCACACAGAUGCAGUCUGGGGUCUUGCUUACAGUGGUGUAAAGAAUCACUUACUCUCCUGUUCAGCAGAUGGCACUAUUAGGUUGUGGAAUCCGCCAGAAAAAAUUCCCUGUAUUUGCACUUACAAUGGAGAGAAAGAGCAUGGAAUACCUACAUCAGUUGACUUUAUAGGUUGUGACCCUGCUCAUAUGGUGGCAUCUUUUAACACUGGCAGCACAGUCAUCUAUGAUUUAGAAACAUCCCAGUCAGUGGUAAUGUUUUCAUCACAAAUAGAAUCUGGUGUACAAUCAAAUAAUCAUAUUAACAAGGUAGUAAGUCAUCCCACACUUCCUGUAACUAUUACAGCACAUGAAGAUAGACACAUCAAAUUUUUUGACAACAAAACGGGUAAAAUGAUCCAUUCUAUGGUUGCUCACUUGGAUGCUGUCACAAGUCUAGCUGUAGAUCCUAAUGGAAUCUAUUUAAUGUCUGGAAGCCAUGAUUGUUCCAUUAGGUUAUGGAAUUUGGACAGCAAGACAUGUGUGCAAGAAAUAACAGCUCAUAGGAAAAAGCUGGAUGAAUCAAUUUAUGAUGUAGCAUUUCAUCCGUCAAAAGCAUAUAUUGCCAGUGCAGGAGCUGAUGCCCUUGCCAAAGUAUUCGUGUGACAUAGCAGAACAAACCUGCAUCAUAACAGCAGUCUAAAGCAUUCAACUAAUCAACAGACAAGAGAGUAUUUGAAUUUUAUUGGAAGUAAUUUCAUAAUCGCCUUUUCUGAAGCCGAACAUUGUUUCUGGCAGCUUUUCCAGACUGCUGCAUUUUAAUGCUUAAAUGAAAUGUGAUUGUUUAAUAAACAUUACCAUGCAUAACAUUUACUUUUUUUUAAUUGUAUUAAAAUCGAAAUGAUAAAACCAAAAAUAUUUGCUUAUUUUCCUUAAUUGAUAUCUUAACUCUCAUCUUAGUGAACUAAUGCAUAGUGGAUCAAAUACUGUAGUGAGGCUUCACUUAUUGAAUAUUAACAAUAAUCUCUAAUACAGUCUUAGUUUAUUUGUUGUGGGGUACUACAUGCUCAAACCUUCAUUUGUUGGUUUGGGGUUUUUUAGAAGAGAAGAACUCAAGUAUUGGUGAUGGGGGGAAAAAUGAUAGUGCUGAAAGGUUUUUAUUUAGCAAAAAUGCUUCAAGUAAUGAAAGGACUUACUUCUCUUUUGUAAGUAAGACCCAAAGGAUUUGUGUUUAGAACCUGAAAGAUGUCUAAAUAUGUUUAAUAAUAAAUUUAGUAUUUAGGGUAUGAUUGAUGUUAACAGACUUACUCUCCAUCUUACUUUUUUAUUGUAGGAACUGUUCUAAGCAGAAGAGUGGUGACUGUAGUCCAGCACCUUAUUUACAUAAAUAGCAAAUACACAGGAAAAUGGGUGUAACAAGGCCUGGGCAAGAACCUCCCCUAAUUUAGAAAUACUAAGGAAGAAUUUUGUUAUGUGCUUUGAUUUACUUUAAAACUGAUAGCAGUCUGCUCUAGCACUUCCCAUCUCGAAUCAAUGGAAAGCUUCUUGGUCACAGUGCUGACUUCUGUUUCUUCUACCAUAUUGCACUAAAAAGUUGUCUCAAACAAGCACAGUUGAGCAACUGGUAUUUUUGCAGGGACGCUAAACACACAGAUAGGGUGGUCUACAUAAAUCCUUCUGGGAAUAUGUGUAUCUUUUUUUCUUCCCAUAUAGAGGAGGUACAUGGUAUGAAAAUAUGACUGACUUCAAGUUUUACUUCGGUUUCAUUUCAUGGAAGCAUAGAAAGGCUUCCAAAGGAAGGGAACAUUAAAGGGGACAUUAAGGAUCAUCUAUUUCUCACCUCACCCCUGCCACCAUGGGCAGGGACACCUCCUACAUGUUGUUAAAAGCCACAUCCAGCCUGACCUUGAGCAUUUCCCCUUCUCCUGUCACUACAUGCCCUUGUAAAAAGUCCCCCUCCAUCUUUCUUGUAGGCUCCCUUCAGGUACUGGAAGGCCACAAUCAGGUCACUCUGAAGCCUUCUCUUUUUUCAGGCUGAACAACCCCAACCUUCUCAGGCUUUCCUCGUAGGAGAGGUGCUGCAUUCCUCUGAUCAUCUUGUGGCCCUUGUCUGGACUCGCUCUAGUAUAUCAGUGUCCUUCCUGUGCUGAGGACCUCAGGCCUGGAUCAGUACUCAAGGUGGGAUCUCAGGAGAGCAGAGUAGACGGUCAGAAUCCCCUCCCUCACCCAGCUGGCCACACUGCUUUGGAUGCAGCCCUGAACAUGUCGAGACUCAUUCACCAACACCCCUAAGUCCUUCUCAGCAGGAUGCUCUCAAUCUCUUCAUUCCCCAGCCUGUAUUGAUACUGGGGGUUGCCCCAACCCAGGUGAAGCACCUUGUACUUGGUCUUAUUAAAUCUCAUGUGAUUCCCAUGUGCCCACUUCUCAAGCUUGUCCAGGUCCCUCUGGAUGGCAUCCAAUCCUUCAGGUGUGUCAAUGGCACUACUCAGCUUGGUUACCCAAGUGCAUGUAUGUAAAUAUAUACAUAUGUAUUUAUGUUCUGGUUUUAAGAAGUUUUUUAAAAGAAUUAACAAAAGCAGAAGGCUCCAGAAUUGUUUAGAAAUGCUACUUCUGAGGUGAGCAUGAAAGAAGGUUUAAGUUCCAUAUUUAAUACUCGCUCUAUUGAUAGCUGGAGAAUGCACACCCUGGAGUCCUAAACAGAUAAAAUACACUAAAGGAUUUUAAAAUAAGUAGUUCAAGCUACAAAAACUUUAAAUGUCCUAAAUAUAUAUUGUUUUGUUUUCUAAUUUUAACAAUAAAACUCUUGAGUUGAUAAUGUAAAAGAACAUACCUUCUUUUUAGUCCUCCUCCUUACCUUGUGGUAUCUUAAUGGCGCCCCACAUAAAAAGUCACCUAGACUCUCUGAAGGUGCAUGUAUAGCAACAAUACACUUUUUUUAAAAAAAAUAUUUGCAGAGUUUAAAGAAAUUAAUUUAACUCUGGUGAAAUCCAUAGUCAUGAAAAGAAGACAAUGUGAGGUAACCUAUGUCAUAAGGCUCUUGUUUUCAGGAGUCACUGAACCUCUGACUGCAGUGCUGUGAAAGUCUCCACUGAAAACAGUACACUGAUAUAUGUUGAUAUGCACUUUAACAGUAGCUAUGCUUUGAUGUCUUUAGAUGCAUAUAAAAUGGAACAAAUGUCAGUGAGGCCUGCUGGGGGGUUUUUUGGUGAUCUAAAACCUUAUUAGGAGCAUAGGUCUUGAACUUGGUAUUGAUAUUUUCUCUGGGAAGGUCAUGCCAUGUCCAGCUGAUUUGGUCUAGUUUUCCUGGAGCAAAGUAACUGGGGAAGCCAGCCAUUGGCCAACCCUCAGCCACCCUAGUAUAUCAACAGUGUCUGGGAGCAGUGCUAGGGCAUUUAAUCUGGCAGUAGAAGAAUUUUUGCUUUGACUGUAUGUAGUGCUAUGACAUAGCGCUGAGAGUAAUACCAAAUCUCUAGUGUAUUGUCUUAACUGAGGGAGAGAGAACUGAUUCCUACAAGCAUAUGCCUCCACUUAACAUUCUUUUAGGAACAUAAGCUGUUGCUGGUUGUUAGCUAUUGACCACUAACAAAUAGCAAGUAGCAGCUUACACAUUUAGUAUCUUCAUCUGUGAACAUCAUACACAGUUGUCUUCAGUUACAUGGAGUGUUCUGUUAAAUCUUAUCAGUGCUGUGAAACUUUUGAUACUCUCAUUUUGAUACUCUCAUUUUAAAUUGAUUCAAAUUAAUGGAUUUAUUACAAAAUUAAAAACUUCCUAAACUAAAGGAUCAGUGCUGUGAAUUUAUAUAUAUAUUUGGAAAACUAAGACUAUAGGUAGGAAUUUAUAAGUGAUCUUGUAUUAUCUGUGUGUGUAAAAGGCUGCCUCUUUUAAACUGAUUAUUACUGGGAGCUGUAUUUGCUUUAGCAAAGUUCCAAAGUAUUGAUAUUGACCUAUUCUUUACAAAUGGCAUUAAUUCUUUGAAAAGAGAUGGUCUUUCAAAUAAAAAUAAAGAUAAUGCUAGCUUAAUUGUUA